CCCAUUUUUGCUUGUUGCAAUUUGGCGCGAGUAUUGUCAAUUCAUUUCAAUUGAACCCAAAACUUUCAAUUCUCAUCUUCAUACCCAUGCAUGUUUGACUUGCUUCACUUAAGGCCAUUAACUUAAAGAGAUAUUCGUAGGAGGCUGGGGACGCUAGGUGAGAAGCGGUUGAAUUGAGGGAAGGUAAUCGGAUGGCUGGGGCUCUGUGUCUCCCUCCUCCGAUUUUGCCUAUAAAAGGGCGAGGGAUUUCAGCAGAGGCGAGGGAGCCCAAAAAAUUUUUUUUUUUUUAAAAAAGGAGGAAAAGAGGAUAGCGAAGAAUCUAGGAGAUAAUUGUGAGUUCGGAUUGGAGGAAUCAAGAGCAAUAGAAUGUCCGAGCUUUGUUUUCCGAAUCCGAAGGUUACUGCGGACAUAGCACAAGCUGGGUUGUAACACUUAUGGCUUAAGCCUCUAGCAAAAUGCAAAAGAAAUUCCCCAAAGCUUUGAAAUAAAAGCCAACAAGAAAUGAGCAAAAGACUUGGUCACUUACUAGAUCUGAACUGCCUAGCCACGCACAAGGAUAGCAAACACAAGACAAGAAUUCUGAGAGACAAGAAGAGAUAUAUAAUGUUUGUGAGAAUUCCAGAAAGAUUUGAUCAGAUCAAAGCCAAGAAAUGAGAAAAAGACUCACCAGAUUCGGAAUGCUUAGUAGCUACACAGAAGGAUUGCAAACGCAAGAGAAUUAAUUCUUCUGAGAAACAAAAAGAGAUUGUAUUUGUGAGAUAAAUAAGUUGAGAUUACCAGAUAUAUGAUGGCAUUAGUGUGAAUGUUUGGACGCACUGCUUUCUCCUUGUUUCUUUCUGUUGGAGUUUAUGGUGGUAGAUUUCUCUCAAAUCACUCUCAUACAGGCCCUCAAAGAUCAUGAAAGGCUCUGAUACCAUGUUCAAGUUUUUCACAAAGAAAAAAAAUGGAGAGAACAUCGGUAGGAAGAUGAAGAGCAGAACCCAACUAAAAAAUGGAGAGAAAACCAGGAGGAGCAUAAACGAAAAUGGAGAGGAAGUAUAUUACUUCAACUCAAGAGAUAUCAUUGAUAUUUUACUGCAUUUAUAGCAGAAACAAUACAAUAAAAAAACAAUUUUUUCUCACCUAACAUUUUACCCAAUACAAUAAAAUAUUAAGCAUUUAAAACAAAAGAUUACAUUCAAAGAUUUACUGCCAUUUCUUGUAGCGCAUGUGAAGCUCCAUUGUGCUGUCACUUUGCUGCUACUCUGUAAUCAUGUUGCAGCUCUCACGUCUUUCCAUUUGCUGCUACUUUGGCAGCUUGAACACCACAACUCCAACACUUUCU